AUGGGGGUCCAUAACCCCCGAAGAACACUACUAUCCCUUACUCCCAAAGCCACAUGCCUAAAGCAGAAAAAUGUGCUGCUAUCUUGCUCAAGAACUUCCAGGGGCGAAAGAUGGUGGCCAGAAAGUGGGAAGAUAGCACCCAAGGGAAAGAGCGGCCCUGGCAAAGGAGGGAAAGGGGAAGCAGCUUCUGGAAGUGAGGGUGCAGAUAAGAAGGUUCAAGGUCCUAAAGAUGGCGGAAAUGCAGUAAAGGUCCAACAUAUUCUGUGUGAAAAGCAUGGUAGAAUCAUGGAAGCCAUGGAAAAACUCAAGUCUGCAGUGAGAUUCAAUGUUGCCUCACAGUACAGUGAAGAUAAAGCCCGGCAGGGGGCAGAUUUGGACUGGAUAACAAGAGGCACCAUGGUGAGCCCAUCCCAAGGAGCAGCAUUUGCCUUUCCUGUCAGUGGCCCGGACAGGCCUGUGUACACGGAUCCCCCAGUGAAAACCAAAUUUGGUUACCAUAUUAUCAUGGUUGAAGGGAGAAAAUAA